AUGCCCGAAAUAAUAGAUCUCCUAUCCUCCGAUCCUCCUGCCCCACCAAAGCCCCAGCCGCCAAAACCGCGACAGGCAGCCGAACUCCCGUCGCGAGGUCCAUCCCACCAGCUGAAUCCGAUUUCGUCAGACCCGUUCGAUACAUGUCUGUUCGAUUAUGAAGAUGUCUUCGACAAGCCCGCCAAGAAACGGCGUGUGAGCGAUGAAGUCACCUCUUCUCUGCGACAAAGCACCACGCCGAACGAACCUCGAGCUUCAGCUUCUAUAGCGGAGCCUUGGUUUUCGAUCUCCGAUGAUGAUUUUGACCUGCCGCAAGUAAACGCCGCGACGCAGAACAAACCAACCCAGUCGCGUGUCGAAGAGUCGGACCCAAUUGUCUUUACCUCUUCGGCCCCGGCUCCUUUGCCAAAGCCCCCAUCGCGGAGAUCACAGCUUUCAACUCGAGAUAUUAUUGCGCUUGAUGACGAUGACAUAUUGACGGAUCCCAUGCCUCCGCCAUCUAGCUUCCGAGGGCGUAGCGAUAUCGACGAAUUCAGCGAUCCGUUUGCUCUGCCGGAGUUUUCUGACCUACUGAAAAAGCCGACUGCCUCAACUCCUAUCUUCUCCGAGUCGACUGCUCGUCUACUAUCUCGCCUUGGCGAGGAACAUACUUCAGGCCCUAAAGCAAAACCUGCUACUCGAAAAAAGACAGGGACCAGCUUGAAAUCCACGGCUGCGGAGGUCCUCUCCAACGACGACGACGACAUCGAUGAGCCGGUAGCACCCCGGAAGACAUCAAAGAAGACAAGCAAAGUUACUCCCGCUGAAAAGGAAGCCAAAGCCAAAGCACGCGAAGAGACGAAACUGCAGCGAGAACGAGAACGCCAGCUCGAGAAAGACCGCAAGCUGAAGCUCAAAGAAGAGAAAGCAAAAGAGAAACAACGGGCUGCCGAUAUCGCAAGCGUCAACAAGCUGAAAGUGAACAAAAAGGAUUCCACCCCAGAGAUGAUUAUUGACAUGGCCACAUCUCUCGAAGACAGCAGCGUCGGCACCCAAACUGUCGAGUUUAUGAAAAGACUCGGCGUCGAACAUACAUACUUCACAAGCCCAAUUCCGAACGUAGUCAAAUGGCGUCGCAAAAUGAACGCCACGUACAACAGAACCCUACGCCACUGGGAACCCUGUCCAUCCUUCAUUCAAAAAGAAGACCACGUGCUGUGUCUCUUACCCGCGCAACAGUUCAUCAACAUGGUAACCACACCACCAGAUGACUCAGAAAGCGAAACCCUAGAAAUCCACGUCCUGCGAAUCAAAAGCGCCUACCCAGACUGCAAACCCAUCUACCUAAUCGAAGGUCUGACCGCUCUAAUGAGGAAAAACACAAACGCACGAAACAGAGCAUUUCAAGCUGAAGUCCUGCGCCAACUCGCCGAAACAACAGCCCCAGCACAAGAAGAACAAACCACAGCCCGCAGAGCUCGAAAACCAAAGAAAACACCCGACACGACGCCCCUCGUCGACGACGAGACUGUCGAAGACGCUUUGCUCGAACUGCAGGUCACACACUCAUGUCUCAUCCACCACACGACCGCGCCAGCCGAUUCCGCAGAGUGGAUUAAGAAUUUCACAGAGCACAUCUCGACAGUCCCAUACCGUCGUGAACGACAGGAAGCACACAAUGCCGCGUUCUGUAUGGAUACCGGGCAGGUGAAGACCGGCACCGAUAAGCAGGAUAUUUUCAUCAAGAUGAUUCAGGAGGUCAAUCGUGUUACGGCUCCGAUGGCAUAUGGAAUUGCGGGACAAUAUCCCUGUGUUGCGGAUUUGACUCGUGCGAUGCGGAUGCAUGGCGCUAUGAUGCUGGAGGAUAUUAAGAAAUCUGCGAACAAAAACGGCUCUUUGACGAAUGCGCGUAUUGGUCCUGCUGCUAGUAAACGGCUGUACAAAGUGUUCACUGGACUUGAUCCGAGUUCCACGGACAUAUAG